AUGAAACCCCAAGAUCUUUUGCCACGCCUCCUCCUCCUCCUCCAAUCCGCCCGCGCGCUACCCGCGUUGCGUCUAAGCUGGCCUUGGUCUCCCGCCCCUGAUGACAGCACACUCGCGCGACCACUACCAGCGCCAAACAUCCCCCGCCACGGACAGCCGGUCAAUGGUUUCGACUUUCCGCACCGCCCGGGGUUCCCUUCGACCGGUUUCAUCGCUCUCGGCGACUCCUACUCGGCCGGCAUCGGCACAGGCAUCAACGGUUCCGAAGUCGAUUGCCGCCUGGGCAGCCAUGCGUAUCCCAUACUCAUUCGCAACGACAUGAUGUCGGCCCAAAACGAUGACCACGGCAACGCCACGACCUUUCAGCAUCUGUCAUGUACGGGGUCGACGAUACAGGAUGUCUUGGCCGGCGGUGAACAUUCCCAGGUUGAUCUCAUUAACACUACGGCAUCUGCUGAUUUCGCCCUGCUCUCCAUCGGCGGUAACGACCUGGGCUUCUUUGACAUUAUGAAUAGCUGCAUCUUCCGCUUUUACUCUUUCUACUCGGGAACCUGUGAGGCCGCUCUCGAGCGCUCUGACGCACAAAUUGCUGGGCCCGAGUUCGACCAGCACCUACGUCUGCUCAUUAUGGAGGUUUUGGACAGGGUCCACUGGGAGAAGCGUCCCUGGUUCACCAUUACCAUCACGGGCUACGCGCGCUUCUUUAACGCCGACACGGAAGAGUGCGAUAAUUAUUCUUUGGGAAUAUGGUGGCGCGGGCCAAAACUGAAGCAAGACCUGCGUAGAAAUAUGAACCGCAUGGUCCUCAACGUGAAUCACCGAAUCGAACAGGCCGUUCACACCAUCAAUGAAGCGUUUACGGAGCCAAGGGUAUUGUUUGUGAAUUACGACGAUGCCUUUGAGGGCCACCGCUUUUGUGAGCCGGGGGUAGUUGAGCCGGAUUAUAUGCGCAACGAGACUUGGUUCUUUUUAGUCGGUGGCGAGGAUAAUGACGGCUCGACCAUGCCCCACGAGCCUUUCCCCCCGAAUUCGACCCUUGGUGAUCCGCAAGUGCUGCGCGGUGACGAGGUAGCGGUGCAGAAUUCCAUGUGGUAUGUGCCGACAUAUUACGGCAAAACAUUUCAUCCACGCACCAAGGGCCACAUGGCCAUUCGCGACAGAGUCUACCAAACUUGGCGCGAGACAGACAUUUUGACUGUUCAGCCAGCAAACGUAGAACUGUAA